CUCAGCCGCUCUACACAAAGAGAAGCGGCGGGAAGAGGGUCUGAGGGGCGGGGUCGCACCGGGCCGGGUCGUGCACUCACGUUCCGGGACCCGACGGGCGGAGAGCCGAGCUGCCCGCGUCUCAGCCUGCUAUGGGAUGGACAACGAGGAUGAGAGCCACUAUGUCACACAGCUCAAGGAAGUCUACAGCAGCUGUGACACCACAGGGACAGGCUUUCUCGACCAAGAGGAGCUGACCCAGCUCUGCAAUAAGCUUGGCCUGGAAGAGCAACUGCCUGAACUCCUGCAGCUCCUCCUUGGAAAUGACCGCUUUGCCCGGGUUAACUUCGAGGAAUUUAAGAAAGGCUUUGUGGCUGUGUUGUCAUCAAACGCUGGUAUUGGCCCUUCCGAUGAAGAAAGUAGUUCUUCAGAAUCUGCCACUUCCUGUGCUGUCCCACCAAAGUAUGUGAGUGGCUCCAAGUGGUAUGGCCGUCGGAGCAGACCCGAGCUUUAUGACUCUGCCACCACGGCCAAUUAUGGACCCGAACAGCAGGUCAAGAGCAGCCUGAAGACAUCACUCCGGCGCUCUGCGUCUCUGGAGAGUGUGGAGAGCCUCAAGUCCGAUGAAGAAGCUGAGAGUGCUAAAGAACCUCAGAAUGAAUUAUUUGAAGCACAAGGCCAGCUGCAAUCCUGGGGUUCUGAGGGUUUUGGGACUCCCCGGAAGUCCUGCAGUCCUUCCUUCAACACUCCUGAGAGCCAGGUCCAGGGCAUCUGGCAUGAGCUGGGGGUUGGCAGCAGUGGUCACCUGAAUGAGCAGGAGCUAGCUGUGGUCUGCCAGAGCAUCGGGCUCCAGGGACUCAACAAAAAGGACCUUGAAGACCUGUUCAACAAACUGGAUCAAGAUGGAGAUGGCAGAGUGAGUCUUGCAGAAUUUCAGCUUGGCCUAUUCAGUCAUGAGCCUGCUUUGCUUCCAGAAUCUUCCACUCUGGUCAAAUCGAACAGGUCCUGGUCUAAUUAUCAGGCCCUGGAGGAGAACGGCUGCCACACUGCCACCACCUCAUCCCUCGUGUCCGUGUGCUCAGGACUGCGCCUUUUCUCCAGCGUCGAUGACGGCAGUGGCUUUGCCUUCCCCGAGCAGAUCGUUGCUGUGUGGGUGCAGGAGGGGAUUCAGAACGGCAGAGAGAUCCUGCAGAGCUUGGACUUCAGCAUGGAUGAGAAGGUGAACCUCUUGGAGCUGACCUGGGCCCUUGACAAUGAGCUCCUGACAGUUGACGGCGUCAUCCAGCAGGCAGCCCUGGCCUGCUACCGCCAGGAACUGAGCUACCACCAAGGUCAAGUGGAGCAGCUGGUGCAUGAGCGGGACAAGGCAAGGCAGGAUUUGGAGAAAGCCGAGAAAAGGAACCUGGACUUUGUGAGGGAGAUGGAUGAAUGUCACUCCGCCCUGGAACAGCUCAUGGAAAAGAAAAUGAAACACCUGGAACAGGAGUACAGGGGAAGGCUGAACCUUCUUCGGUCUGAGGUAGAGAUGGAACGGGAGCUGUACUGGGAGCAGGCUCACAGGCAGAGGGCCACGCUGGAGCAGGAUGUGGGCCGCCUGCAAGCCGAGGAGGCCAGCCUCCGUGAGAAGCUAACCUUGGCCCUGAAGGAAAACAGUCGGUUACAGAAGGAGAUCGUUGAAGUGGUAGGAAAGCUUUCAGAUUCAGAGAAGCUGGUCCUGAACCUGCAGCAUGACCUGGAGUUUGUGCUGAAGGACAAGCUGGAGCCACAAAGCAUGGAGCUGCUGGCUCAGGAAGAAAAGUUCAAAGCUAUCCUGAAAGAAUAUGAGAUCAAGUGCAGGGACCUUCAGGACCACAACGAUGAGCUGCAAGUUGAGCUGGAGGGCCUGCGAGCACAGCUGCCUGGGAGUCGGCAGAGCCCCUUGGGAACCCUUGGCACCCAUGGAAGACCACUCCCUGGACGUGGUCCGGAGGGUAUUCUGUUUGUGGGUGACUCUACUCCAGUGAGUCUGAAGACAGAACUGAUGAUGGAACAGGUGAAGGAACACUACCAAGACCUCAGGAUCCAGCUGGAGACUAAGGUGAAUUACUAUGAGAGGGAAAUUGAGGUCAUGAAGAAGAAUUUUGAGAAGGAUAAAAAGGAGAUGGAGCAGGCACACCAGCUUGAGGUCAGCAUGCUGGAGGACCAGAAAGCAGAUAUGGAGGCGCUGUAUGCCAAGUCACAAGAAGUCAUCCUGGGCCUGCAGGAGCAGCUGCAGGACGCACAGCGCAACCCUGAGCCCGUGCAGGCCGGGCUGGCUCACUGCUGUGCGCAGGCGCUGUGCGGCCUGGCCCGUCGGCUCGAGGAGGAGAUGCACCUGCGGCACCAGAACCAGCUGCAGCAGAUAAGGAGAGAGGCAGAGGAGGAGCUGAGCCAGAAACUGUUAUGGCUAGAAGCCCAGCAUGCCGCCCACUGCAAGAGUCUGUCCCUGCAGCAUCAGUGUGAGAAAGACCAGCUUCUGCAGACACACUUUCAGCGCGUGAAAGAGCUGGCAGCCCAGCUGGACCUGGAAAAGGAACGGCGCGAGGAGAGGGAGAAGGAGGUCCUGGCUCGCUGUCAGAAGCAGCAGCUGAAGCUGCAGGCCGUGAUGAAUGAAGAGCAGGUGCGCAUCUGCAGAUCCUUUGCCCUGGAGAAGGAGAAGCUGGAGCAGACAUACAGGGAGCAGGUGGAGAGGCUCACCCAGGAGGCAGAUGCUCUGCGAGCCCUCCUGAAGGAUGGAUUCCAUGUGGUGGGCGGAGAGCCGGAGGAGAUACCCAGCUCCAGACCCCUGGGUCCAGACAGCAGGUUGCAGUCACCAUCAAAGCCAGCCCCCGACACUGGUGGAGAGAGCGCAUUAGACUGGCCUGGCCAGUUGCAAACCAAAGACAGGGAUGUGCCUAGCCAGCUUUGUAGUGUAGAUGCCACACGUGUCCCAACCCCUCACCUGAGGAAGGGCUCAGAGAGUUGGCCCUCAGAGAUCCUGGGCCUCAGAGAGAACCAUCAGGGUCUGCUCAGUGCUGAGCAAGGAGCUGUCCCAGAGGAGCCAGAGCCUCCUUCCAGGGCCCCAGCAAGCCUGGGCCAGCCUGAUGCCCAGGAGCUGUCCUUACCCACUCAGCCCCAGAUGUUGGAGCCAUGGUUGAGCCCAGCUGAUUUGGAGGCACAAACUGACAGCCUGAGCAAGGAGCCAGCCCCUGUCAGCCAUGGGCAGGCUUCAGAGGGGCCAGCUGAGGACGGAGAGGAUAGCCAAGGGACUUGGAUCCAGCUCAGUGGAAAUGCUGCCAGGAUGGAGCCCUCACUGCCUUGCCCUGAGCUCCCAGGCCCACAGGGGGUCAGCCCUAAGCCCCUUGCCACCAUUGUAGAGACAGAGGCUGAAGUGACAUUGGAGAGUGAGAAGAAUGCCAUGAAGACCAAACUUCUGCAGCUGGAAGAUGUUGUCCGCGCUCUUGAGAAAGAAGCAGAUUCAAGAGAGACUGACAGGAUUGAGUAUCUUAGACUUUCUGAAGAAAACUCUCAGUUGAAAAGUGACCUGGAGAGGACUCAGCUGGAACUAGAAGCUGCUGAAAACAGAAAUAACACACAGAGGAAGGAAAUCAAGGCAUUGAAGAAAGAUAAAGAAAAGGCCUGCUGUGAACUGGAAGAGCUCAACACACAGACUGAGAAAUAUAAGAAUGAAUUGUCACAGCUCAACUGCAAGGUCCUUCAGCUGGAAGAAGACAUAUCUAUCCACCAGACCCAGAAGGAAGAAAAUCAGGCUUCCUUCCAACUUGUGAUGCAGAGGCUGGCAGAGGCUGGGGGCCGGGAGGAGCAGCAGGGUGACCAAAUCCAAAAACUUACAGUUGAACUUGCACACGUGAAUGAGGAAUGUCAGCGUUUGCGGCUAUCACAGUCAGAGCUGACAGAAAGCCUUGAAGAAAGUCAAGACCAGUUGCGUGGUGUCCACCUGAGGCUGGAGGCCGCACAGGCUCAGCAUGGGCAGACCAUCCAGCACCUGCAGGAGCAGAUGGCCCAGCUGGUACCUGGUGCCCGUGUAGCAGAGCUGCAGCGCCUGCUCAGCCUCCAGGAGGAGGAAACAGCGAGGCAACUGCACACACAGGAGGCCGCACAUGAGCAGCAGCUCCAGGCCAAGGAGGAGCAGGCUGAGGCGCAGCUGCGCAAUGUGGAGUGGCUGCUCAACGAGAAGGUGGAGGAGCUGAGACAACAGUUGGAAAAGAACACCAGAUCCGAUCUGCUGCUCAAGGAACUGUAUGUGGAAAAUGCUCACCUCAUGAAAGCACUUCAGCUCACAGAAGAGAGCCAGCGAGAUGCUGAGAGGAAAAACCGUGUCUUGGAAGAAAAAGUCCGAGCUCUCAACAAACUGAUCAGCAAGAUUGCCCCAGCAUCCCUCUCUGUGUAAAGGCUGCUGGUUCUCCUGGACUUCACUUAAAGAAACAUCUUGUAAAAUGAAACUACUGUGAUGCCAUAACUCUCUAGCUCACUAGCCAAGCACCCUCAGAUACAUGAGAUUGUGAUUCCUUGGUCACUUCCAAGCAGCAGUGGUGCCCACUGUGUGCCAGGUUUGGGGGAAGGUGCCAUAGUACACAGCAGACCGUCUGGGUUAGAGGUCUUGGAUAACUUCCUGGGUUGUUCCCAACCUUGAUACUGAAGGGACAGAUGCUGGGGGCUCUCCUCAAAGAAUGACUAAGGAAGAGAUUAAAUACUUGCACUGUUUUACUUUGGGCUGGGAAGACUAAAAUGCAGUCAGGACUUGAUGCAGUUGGUCGUCCCACUAUCCGGCUGUGGGCUCAGUCUUCAAACUCUCCAUGUCCAUCAGUACACGCUACAGGAAGGUGACCCUCACUGGGCUGCCACUCCCAGCAUGUCUGCACAGAACUUGCCAACGGCAUGGGCUCAGGGAUGGCUAGCUGUGUUCAUUGCAAGUGCAAUCUCCUCACUUAAAUGUCAUCACACUGGACACUGUACAUAUGUUUUUAAGAGGUAUAGUUUUAUUACUGCAAUUCGUCUAAAUUAUGGCUAUUUGGGUUAUCCAAAUAUACUACUGUAAUAUGAAAAA